GGAGAAACUACAAAUCAGGAGUCCAGUGGGAGACUGCAGCCCUGAUCGGGAGUGUUGGCAGGUGGGCGCUCUGCAAUGGAUCAGUGUGAGGACAGAGAGGAGGGAGCUCCUCCCUCUAAAACCACUCUGUGUGGGGAACAUGAAGCUCAGAGCCCAAAGCAGAAGAAUGGACCAGACUCACCUGGACCCAGCUGUGUGUCUUAUAAGAGUGACGACUCUAUGGACAGACUUAUUCAUUUCAAAGAUGGACGUCAGUCUGAUCAUCUAAGAGUUCUACAUCAGAGACCAGACUCUCCUGGACCUGGACCCAGCUGUGUGUCCUUAAAGAGUGACGACUCUAUGGACAGACUGAUUCAUUUCAAAGCUGGAGAGAUUUGUGAUGAUGAAAGAGUUCAGAGAUCAGAGGCUCCCAUUGGUCAGUCUGCCCAGCAGCAUCAAACACAGCUGGACUCCAUAUUGAUGCUGCUCCAGGAGAACAUCAUCCGUUUUGUAAAGACAGAGCUGAAGAAGAUCCACAGAGUUCUGAGUCCAGAUUACCCAGAAUGCUCAGAGAGUCAGAGGGAGGAUGAGGAUGAAGAGCAGAGGAGGAGCAGAGAGGUCUUUCUGGAGAUCACUCUGCACUUCCUGAGGAGAAUGAAGCAGGAGGAGCUGGCUGACUGUCUGCAGAGCAAGUGCAGACGUAAACUGAAGUCUGACCUGAAGGAGAAGUUCCAGUGUGUGUUUGAGGGGAUCGCUAAAGCAGGAAACCCAACCCUCCUGAACCAGAUCUACACAGAGCUCUACAUCACAGAGGGAGGGACUGGAGAGGUCAAUGAUGAACAUGAGGUCAGACAGAUUGAAGCAGCAUCCAGGACCCCACACAGACCAGAGACCACCAUCAGACAAGAAGACAUCUUUAAAGGCUCACCUGGAAGAGAUCAACCAAUCAGAGCAGUGCUGACAAAGGGAGUGGCUGGCAUCGGGAAAACAGUCUUAACACAGAAGUUCACUCUGGACUGGGCUGAAGACAAAGACCACCAGGACAUCCAGUUCACAUUCCCCUUCACUUUCAGAGAGCUGAAUGUGCUGAGAGAGAGAAAGUUCAGCUUGGUGGAACUUGUUCAUCACUUCUUUACUCAGACCAGAGAAGCAGGACUCUGCAGGUUUGAAGAGUUCCAGGUUGUGUUCAUCUUUGACGGUCUGGAUGAGUGUCGACUUCCUCUGGACUUCCACAAGAAUCAGAUCCUGACUGAUGUUACAGAGUCCACCUCAGUGGAUGUGCUCCUGACAAACCUCAUCAGAGGGAACCUGCUCCCCUCUGCUCGCCUCUGGAUCACCACACGACCUGCAGCAGCCAAUCAGAUCCCUCCUGAGUGUGUUGACAUGGUGACAGAGGUCAGAGGGUUCACUGACCCUCAGAAGGAGGAGUACUUCAGGAAGAGAUUCAGAGACCAGGAGCAGGCAAACAGAAUCAUCUCCCACAUCAAGACCUCCCGAAGCCUCCACAUCAUGUGCCACAUCCCGGUCUUCUGCUGGAUCACUGCUACAGUUCUGGAGGAUGUGCUGAAGACCAGAGAGGGAGGAGAGCUGCCCAGGACCCUUAGUCAGAUGUACAUCCACUUCCUGGUGGUCCAGUCCAAACUGAAGAGCAUCAAGUACGAUGGAGGAUCUGAGACUGAUCCACUCUGGAGUCCAGAGAGCAGGAAGAUGAUCAAGUCUCUGGGAAAACUGGCUUUUGAUCAGCUGCAGAAAGGAAACCUGAUCUUCUAUGAGUCCGACCUGACAGAGUGUGGCAUCAAGAUCAAGGAAGCCUCAGUGUACUCAGGAGUGUUCACACAGAUCUUCAGAGAGGAGAGAGGACUGUACCAGGACCAGGUGUUCUGCUUCAUCCACCUGAGCGUUCAGGAGUUUCUGGCUGCUCUUCAUGUCCAUCUGACCUUCACCAAGUCUGGACUCAACCUGAUGGAAGAAGAACAACCAACGUCCAUGACCUCUAGAAUCUUUGGAGACAAACCUGAACUGAAAGGUCUCCAUCAGAGUGCUGUGGACCAGGCCUUACAGAGUCCAAACGGACACCUGGACUUGUUCCUGCGCUUCCUCCUGGGUCUUUCACUGCAGACCAAUCAGACUCUCCUGAGAGGUCUGCUGACACAAACAGGAAGUAGCAAACAGACCAAUCAGGGAACAGUCCAGUACAUCAAGAAGAAGAUCAGUGAGGAUCUGUCUGCAGAGAGAAGCAUCAACCUGUUCCACUGUCUGAAUGAACUGAAUGAUCGUUCUCUAGUGGAGGAGAUCCAGGAGUCCCUGAGAUCAGGACGUCUCUCCACAGAGAAACUGUCUCCUGGUCAGUGGUCAGCUCUGGUCUUCGUCUUACUGUCCUCAGAGAAAGAUUUGGACGUGUUUGACCUGAAGAAAUACUCUGCUUCAGAGGAGGCUCUUCUGAGGCUGCUGCCAGUGAUCAAAGCCUCCAACAAAGCUGUGCUGAGUGGAUGUAACCUGUCAGAGAGAAGCUGUGAAGCUCUGUCCUCAGUCCUCAGCUCCCAGUCCUCCAGUCUGAGAGAGCUGGACCUGAGUAACAACAACCUGAAGGAUUCAGGAGUGAAGAUUCUGUCUGAUGGAUUGGGAAAUCCUCACUGUAAACUGGAAACUCUCAGAUUGUCAGGGUGUCUGAUCACAGAGGACGGCUGUGCUUCUCUGGCAUUCGCUCUGAGCUCCAGCCCCUCCCACCUUAGAGAGCUGGACCUGAGCUACAACCAUCCAGGAGACUCAGGUGUCGAGCAGCUCUCUGCUGGACUGAAGGAUCCAGACAGCAGACUGGAUACACUGAGGGUGGACCAUGGUGGAGAGCAGUGGUUAAAACCUGGAGUGAAGAAGUAUGUCUGUGAACUCACUCUGGACUCAAACACAGCAAACAGAUACCUCAGACUGUCUGAAGACAACAGGGAGGUGACAUAUGUGAUAGAGGAUCAGCCAUAUCCUGAUCAUCCAGACAGAUUUGACUACUGGACUCAGCUGCUGUGUAGAGAUGGUCUGACUGGUCGCUGUUACUGGGAGGUCAAGUGGAGAGGACGGGUUCAUAUAUCAGUGAGUUACAGAGGAAUCAGCAGGAAAGGAAACAGUAAAGACUGUGUGUUUGGAUUUAAUGAUCAGUCCUGGAGUCUUAAAUGUUCUCACAAAGGUUACUCUGUCCGUCACAAUAAGAGAGAAACAGCCCUCCCUCUCUCCUCGUCCUCUGACUCUCACAGAGUAGCAGUGUAUGUGGACUGUCCUGCUGGCACUCUGUCCUUCUACAGAGUCUCCUCUGACUCUCUGAUCCACCUCCACACCUUCAGGACCACCUUCACUGAACCUCUGUAUCCUGGGUUUAGGUUGUGGCCUGGUUCCUCAGUGCGUCUGUGUUCUGUGUAGGACGGAGAGUCUCCUCCUCUCUACACAAACACAAACUGAGUAUUUGACUGUUUCUGUCACAUCAGCAUGAACGUCUGUUAUCAAAGAGCAUGACUCCACGGAAAAGUGUCAGACUGAACUUUAGUUAUUCACAUCUCUAUUGUGAAAAACAUCAAGCCUCAUUCAUCCUUUUUUCUUCUUCAAUGUAAUCAAAGAAAGUUUGUGAGAACAGUCUGAAUCAGAUCCAUUAAACUGUUCUUCACCUGCAGAGAUUUUCCCCCCUGUGUUUAAACUGAUGAAGCCAUGUCCUCAUGAGACUGCAGGGUGGUUUGCACACAAACAUCCAAAUCAGACAGAAGCUGAGAGGAGAGCAGCAGGGAUCUGGUGAUGUACUUUGACUAAUGAUUUUUGUUUGAUGGAAAUAAAAACACUUAUUUGGACGACA